AUGUAUUAAUACUAUUCAUAAAGAGGUUCUAUUUAAGAAAACGAACAUAACAGAUCUUUUGGGAACAUGUUUAAUUCUACUAAAUCUGAUACUCUUUAGACUGAUUAGAAACAUUAAGGAUGUUUACAACGUUUACAAAUCUUGAUAUAAGAAUUAGAUAGAAUGACUGAAGCUUAAUAAGUGGCCAAUUAAGAAAUAUCAUAAUUAAAAUAAGAAUUAGAAGCAGCAAAAUAAAAUAAUUAAACUCUGGUUUUAAAUAAUGGUUUUGAUUCUGAAAUACUUGAAGAAUUAAAGCUUUAGCAAUAAAAAUUUAAUCAAUAUAAACAAAUUAAAGAAUAAUAAAUUGAAGAAUUAGAAAAUGAACUUUAAUAAAUUCAUAAGUAAUUUAAAGAAGAAAAAUUAAUUAGAAUGGACUUGAAUUAAAAAUAUGUGUAAAAAUAAAUGGAGGUUGAAUUUUUAUAGAAAGAAUUAUAGAAAAACAUAUAAGAAUACUAAAAUUAGAAUGAUAGUGGUAUUCUUAAUUAAUUACAUGAAGAUGUAAUUGAAUUGUAAUGUCAAAAUAAAGAACUUAAAAACAUUAAUUUAGGUUAUCAAUAAAAAAUAGAAGAAUUGUUAGAAAAUUAAAAGAUCAUGGAAUAGAGAUUAAAAUAGUAAUAAAUAGAAGUAUCAUUCUAACCAUCUCCUAAUAAAAAUUAAUAUGAAUUCUCUUCAAAUGAAUAACGAACUGAUUCUAUUAAAAAAUAUAAUAGAACAAAAACAAUGUAACCAAUGGAUUACACAAUUAAUCAAAGUCUUAAUUAAUAACCAACAUCAAGACCAUCAUUAAAUAUUCUCUAAUAAAGAUUAUCAUAGGUUCAAAUAGGAUAAAUAAAUAAUUCAGAUAAUCUCAAUAAUUAAUCUGAUACUAUUAAAAAGGAUACUCUUAGAAGCAAACCUAAACCUGUGGAAAACAUAAAGUAUACUCAAAGUAAGCUUGUUCAGUAAUUUUGA